ACCAGCAAAACAUUCUGCUGGCGAACAUAACAACAACAAUCAAAGAUAAUCCAAAAAAGUUUCAUGUUAAGUCAACUAAAAAAGCAAAUCCAUCCCAAAAUCGACCCUUAUCUCAUCGAUGUGGUGCUAUUGAUAAUGAACGAAAAUCUGGUGAUGAUGCAAACACAUUUGAUAGUUGA